UUAAAAAUGAUGCAAAUCAAGUACUUGUUCGCCCUCUUUGCAAUCCUGAUGCUGGUUGUCCUGGGACCCAAGGAAACCGAAGCUGUGGACUGUCUUUCUGGAAGAUAUCGAGGACCUUGUGCAGUCUGGGACAACGAGACCUGCCGUCGAAUUUGCAGGGAAGAAAGACGACUCAGUGGUCAUUGCAGUGCCAGGCUGCAGUGCUGGUGCGAAGGAUGCUGA